GCCCGCCCAACCCUGCCGCCUUUCAUCAAGUAAACAGGGAUGUCGACUUCAAGCGUUUCGCAAUCCAGAGAACCAGGUCCAGUUCUUCCGGGUUAUCGCCACCUCUCUGGAACCAUCACACUCGUUACAUAUCAAGCUCUGCUCCUCCCUCCGGACACCUUCUGUUCCAUCGUUUUGUUCUCGCUCACAGACGGCCAAGUUCCACCGAGACCGCACGACACUUCAACGAAUACGCUAGGUGCACUCUUGCCAGUGUGUCGCAAGUGGGGAACGUCACUCGUUGCAUGGUUGGACUGCAGCCAACCACCACACCAAAUUUGAGAGGUUGGUGACCCGACAGUGUGUUGGCAGGUUCCUCGCGGAACCCAACCCAAAAGGACACCAUUGCCACCGGCUACCGAGGAGCCCAAGCCCUCCUGAUUUCAUCCUCCCACGCUAUUGUUUGCUCGCCGAGCCCAUACCAUUAGCAACUUGCCACUAUGAAUAUCACCAAGAAGUUCGACCGUGCCUUCCAAUGGGCGGGCGAAAAGAUGGGCGGCGAAGCCAAGACGAACAUGUCUGAAGAUUUCAAGAUGCUCGAGACCGAGAUGGCCCUGCGCUUCGAGGGUAUGGAGCGCCUCCAACGGUCCAUGAACCAGUACAUCAAGUGGAUGGGCCGCCGCCUUGAGCCUUCCGAAGACAGAGAAAAGGGGCUGCCGGUGGGAUACCUGGGCCGCACUAUGGUCAGCCAUGGCGAGGAGUUUCAGUCCGACUCGGACUUCGGCAACUGCCUAAUAACCAUGGGCCGCGCCAACGAAAGAAUCUCGGCAAUCCAGGAGUCUUUUGUCAGCCAAGCCACUGGCUCCUGGCUGGAGUCACUUGAGAAAUCCCUGGCCAUGAUGAAGGAGUACCAGAAUGCUCGCAAGAAGCUCGAGAAUCGCCGGCUGAACUAUGACGCGAGCAUCACUAAGCUUCAAAAGGCCAAGCGGGACGAUUUCCGGCUUGAAGAGGAGCUUCGCGCCGCAAAAGCCAAGUACGAAGAGUCGUCUGAGGACGUCCUCCGCCGCAUGCAAGACAUCCAAGACUCCGAGGCCGACAGCACAUACGACUUGACCCGGCUUCUGGACGCAGAGCUCGAGUAUCACGAGCGGUGCGCCGAGGAACUCCGGCGUGUGCGCCAGAACUGGCCCGCCCGCUCGUCUGCAAGCUACAGCCCCGUCGAGCGGCGCCCCACCGUCCGCAGCCGGUCGAACACGGCCCACAGCUUCAGCGAGCGGUUGUCGCGCACAAACACCCUCGAAGCCGAGUCGUCAACGGCGCCGCCGGUCCGCAUGCCCAUCCGUCCUAGCAACUCCCGCAGGCAAUCGCACACCCAGCAACAAGCUGACGGUCCAGUCCGACCACCCAUUGGUAAAUCAAGCAGCAGCAGCACCACCAGCUUCCAAGGCGGCGCGAGCCUCGACCGCGAGCGAAGCCGUGUCUCGGGCACCAGCACGCCAACCGCCAUGGCGAACAUGGGCGCCCUGCGCGGCCAGCUGCGGCCGGUCAACCGUCUCACCACAACCACGACACACGACGACGUGUUUGCUGACCGCGAUAGCGACGAGGGCAGCGACGCGGGCAGUGCCGACUGGGCCAACCGCAGCACUAGUUCUGCGACGAGCUUCGGGAGCCUGAGCCGGACGCCAAGCAACAACGCCAUGAUGAGUAGUGCCAUGGGAGUUGGUGGGGUGAAGAAGGCGCCGCCGCCGCCGCCGCCGAGCAGGUCAAAGAAGCCGCCCCCGCCGGUGCCUGCGCGGCGGGAUGCCGGUUACUGACCGGGCGGUUUAUCAUCUUGCUGUCUGGCGUGUUGGUAAUGAGCACUCGGCCUGCGGUAUAGGAGGUCGUUGAAGGUGUCGAGUUGUAUGGUACGGGUACGGGUCGGCUUUUGGCGUUGGAUUUCCAUCGGCGAUGGUCGGUAUCCUUCAGGGUUCGUGGACUGGCUCCGCGUGCCUCGCGGUGAAGAUCUUCUGCUGGCUUAUCACGGACCUGUUAGAUAUGGCUUGACGAUGCAGAUCGCAAGGUAUAAGUUAGGAUAGAUCCUAUUCUUUCAGCGUUUCAC